AUGAACGACAUUGUCAACCUCGCCGCCAUCUAUCAGUCACCAUUCGUCACCGUGCACCAUGGAGAGUAUUCAGCAACACGCAUUCAAGCAGCAACCCAUCGAGCACAGCAGCUGGUUGCAGCAUUGGUAGACAUUCUCGAUGAACGCGCCAUGCUCUUGUCAACGAGUGCCCAGUUCACACUUGCGUUGAGAGACAGCCAUAUGAUGCGUGCCAUGAUGCCCAUAUCAUCGAAGGGUUAUCUUCGAGGCAUUCAGAUAUACCAUGAACAAGGGCGGCAAUCAGCAGCUUUAGCUCUAUGUCAUGAAGGACUUGGUCGAUUCGAUGAUACUACAUCAGCAGCGUACGAUCAGCUUGUUGCUUGGAAGGAUAAGGUGGAAAGCGCCAACAGCAAACGUGUCGACUUGAUCAGCAACUUGCCAUUGGAUGUGGUGGUCACCCACAUUGUGCCAAGAGUCAUGGAUGAUAAUGCAGCAGUAUUGGGAUCAAGCAAAGCAUGUCCUUAUUUGUACGUAUCACGCACUUGGAGAGAACGGUUCCUGCUACACCCUGAUGGAUUGGAUUUUAUGAUGGAAUACACAAAGCCGUUGUCACUCGCACAAGGCCAUGAUCAGCUGAUACGUUUUGCACCUUUUGUGAAGUCACUUCGUGUCGGCCAUUGCAAAGGGACCAAACACCACAAGCUAUCCGACUUGUUUUCAAGAGCCAACUUUCGAUCAUUGACGCACUUGGAAGUUAGUAAUGCAUUUGCUUCUGAUCGUCUUGCAUUUCUUGGAGCAUUGUCAUCUGUGGCAGGCACCUUGACGCACUUUGAACUCAAAUCAUCCUUGUCCCAGACGAGUCCGCUUCCUAUCGUAUUGCAUGAUCUCCUACAUGCAUGCCCAAAUUUGGUUUCCCUGGUUACCAAAGGAAUCAAGGCCGACAUGAGCUCCACCAGCAACAGGCAAUAUCCACAAAUGAAGCAUUUGAGUCUAUUUCGACUACCCGGUGAUUCAAUCACGUAUGAUGCGAUGCGAGAUUUAUCAAGUCGAUUCCCUUCCCUUGUUUCCUUGGAUGUGAGCCCUAUGCCUGAUUCGAGACUGUUGCCAGUGAUCCAUCAUGAUUGUCCUUUGAUGCAGCAAUUGUCGUUUGGUUGUUCUUCUUCAAGAUGGGAUAAGGCGACUACAACAAAUCAUCAUCAUCAACAAGGAUUACGCAAAGUCGCGAUUGGUGUUGGACAAAGCACGUGUAACCAAGCGGAUAUUAUUUCAAUGUUGGUACAGCACAGGCACUCUCUUCAAUCAUUUCGUUUGGAUGGGGAAAUCGUGAUCAGCAGCAGCCACAACGAUGAUGUGGAUGUGGAUAUGGAGCCAUUCACGCAACUUGAAGAACUUGAUUUCCGGGAUGCGAAUAACAGCUGUAUCACGCUUUUCUUAUGGAUAAUGCAACAUGCACCUUACACCACGCAUCUUCAACUUUGGUAUGGAGCGAAUGGACAUCAGCACAUCAUCGAUGCCAUGAUACGAUUGAAGCAUCUUCGCAAAGUGUGUAUACACCAGAGUCACAUUGAGCAAACGCUAUUGCCUGAAUUCAUUCAACAUCAUAUCCACCUUGGAAACGCAUCAUCCUUGGAGUAUUUAAAGAUUGUGUAUGAUGAUACGCCACAACAUCCAAAAAGCCUCAUUCCCAUCACACGAUUACAACGAUUACGCUCUCUGGAAAUCUUCACCCAUGGCAUCAUCCCUGAGUCAUUUGACAUUCUCAUGCAUCACGUCGCCCAUCAAUGUCCAUCCCUUGAAGACUUGAAGCUAUCAAGUGCUAUGGCUGAGAUUGCAGGAUCCAUCUUUCAACCCCUUCGAUUUCAUGCUGGGCUCAAGCGACUCAAGGUCCUUUGUUCGGAUUUAUCACAAGGAGACAUGUUAUUCUUGACACAAUUCCCCAAGCUGGAAUACUUUGAAACUUGGAGCGAUAUCAGCAAUGACGUGUUGGCAUCAUUACAAGAAAAGAUAGACACCAUCAAGUUUGAAGCAUGA